CAAACUCAACAUAUAACGGUACAUUUACAAACUCAACAUAUAACGAAACGUCAGCAAAGGAUGGAGAUGGGAUUGGUCAAAUAAUAGUCGUUGAACAGCCAAACACAGAUGCGAAACCAGGGACAACAAAUCAAGGAGCUGGACCUUCAGGAGCUGGAAAUACAGGAACCGGUAAUACAGGAACCGGAAAUACAGGAACCGGCAAUACAGGAGCCGGAAAUACAGGAACCGGUAAUACAGGACCCGGAAAUACAGGAGCCGGUAAUACAGGAGCCGGAAAUACAGGAGCCGGAAAUACAGGGGCAGCGAAGCCAGGAACUGGAAAUACAGGAACCGGAAAUACAGGAGCCGGAAAUACAGGAGCCGGAAAUACAGGAGCCGGAAAUACAGGAGCCGGAAAUACAGGAACCGGAAAUACAGGAGCCGGAAAUACAGGAGCCGGAAAUACAGGAGCCGGAAAUACAGGAGCCGGAAAUACAGGGGCAGCGAAGCCAGGAACCGGAAAUACAGGAACCGGAAAUACAGGAACCGAAAAUGCAGGAACCGGAAAUACAGGAGCCGGAAAUACAGGAACCGGAAAUACAGGAACCGGUAAUAAAGGAACUGGUAGUGCAGGAGCCGGCAAUACAGGAACCGGCAAUACAGGAACCGGAAAUACAGGAACCGGAAAUACAGGAACCGGAAAUACAGGAACCGGAAAUACAGGAACCGGAAAUACAGGAACCGGAAAUACAGGAA